GUUACUUCAGAUGUGUAAGAUCGCCGUACGUCUCGUCAGGUAGUUUAUGCCCAUAUAUGGCAAGCGGAUCGAAUUAUUAGCCAAUUGAAAAUCUCGACAUUUACAGCUUCAGGGGCUAAAACUGGUUCCUUUAAGUUUAGAUCACGUGACUUCGACCCACCCAGCGAUUUCCAUUUGGAUCUUCCAUUAACGCUUCAAGAUGGCGGACUUCGAUCAAAAACGUCAAACCCUUAUGAUCCAACAAGAUGAUAUCCAAGAGUUGGCUGCUGCCUUCGCCUCGGUGGACACAAAUGGCAGUGGGUUUGUGGAGUUGGCGGAGCUGGGAGAUGCCCUCAAGAUUGUGGGGAUGAACCUGCCUGGCUAUGAGGUCAGAAACCUCAUCAGGGACUUCGACAAGAACUGUCCAGACGGCAAACUCGACUUUGAAGAGUUCCAAAAGCUUUAUGCCAAACUUAAACUGGAGAAAGAUUUUGCUGUGAACUUUAAGAAGAUGGUCCACAAGCGAGACAACAUUGAAACCCACAGUGGAAUGUCUGAGGCCUCGAGUCAGGGCACAACACAUACAGUCCGCAAGGAGGAACAGGUGGCUUUCUCAGACUGGAUUAACUCGAACCUUAGGGAUGACCCAGACUGCAAGAAGUACAUCCCAUUUGAUCCAGAAGGCAAAGACCUCUUUGAAAAGAUGAAGGAUGGGAUCAUUUUGUGCAAACUUGUGAAUUUAGCUCAGAAUGACACAAUUGAUGAGCGAGCCAUCAACAAGACAAACCUCAGUGUGUACCGUAAACAUGAAAACCUGACCUUGGCCUUGAACUCUGCCCAGUCCAUCGGCUGUAACAUUGUGAACAUUGGUGCAGAUGAUCUGGAGAAGGGGAAGCCCCAUCUGUCACUGGGUCUUCUCUGGCAGAUCAUCAGGAUUGGCUUGCUGAGUGACAUCGACUUGGCUCACCACCCUGGCUUGGCUCUGCUGCUAGAGGAAGGAGAGACCCUGGAGGAUCUACAGAAACUCUCCCCUGAGCAGAUACUCCUCAGGUGGGUGAAUUAUCACCUUAGGAGGGCAGGCUGUAACAAGGAGGUCCGCAACUUCACAGAGGACAUCAAGGACUCUGAAGCCUACACUUAUCUACUGCAUCAAAUCGCCCCUGCAGACUCUGGUGUCACAUUGAGUCCACUACAGGUGGGUGAUCAUAACAUGAGGGCCGAGGAGAUGCUGCAGGAGGCAGAUAAGAUAGGCUGCAGGAGUUUUGUGUCGCCAUCAGAUGUCGUGUCUGGUAACUACAAGCUCAACCUGGCCUUUGUGGCUAACCUCUUCAAUACCUACCCAGCCCUGGAUAAUGCUGAUGUGGAUGUGGACAUACAGCAGUAUGAGGAAACACGGGAAGAGAAAACAUAUCGCAACUGGAUGAACAGUAUGGGCGUGCAGCCAUUUGUCCAUUACCUGUAUUCUGAUCUUGUUGAUGGCCUCAUCAUCUUCCAACUCUAUGACAUCAUUAAACCUGGCAGUGUGGACUGGAAGAAAGUUAUCCGUAAAUUCCACAAGAUGAGGAUAAAUUUCGAAAAACUCGGGAACUGUAAUUAUGCUGUGGAGUUGGGAAAGGUGAUGAAGUUCUCACUGGUGGGCGUGGGAGGACAAGACAUCCUGGAAGGAAACCAGACUCUUACCCUAGCUUUGGUCUGGCAACUGAUGAGAGCAUACACCCUGAGUAUUCUCCAGUCUCUGGCAGGCACUGGGCACCCCAUCGUGGAGAAGGAAAUCGUGGACUGGGCUAACUCAAAGUUGAAGGAGGGAGGGAAACAAAGCAAGUUCAGCAGUUUCCAAGACCCUGUCUUGUCAGAUGGCAGGGUGAUCAUUGAUGUGGUGGAGUGUCUAAAGCCAGGCUCCAUAAACUUCAGUCUGGUGAAAGACGGACAAACUGAAGAGGAAAAACUCAGCAAUGCCAAGUAUGCAAUCUCAAUAGCUAGGAAAAUCGGAGCCAGGGUGUACGCUUUGCCAGAGGAUAUUGUGGAAGUGAAACCUAAAAUGAUCAUGACCAUAUUUGCUUGUCUUAUGAUGAAAGACCUGUCGGCAUAAAUGGAGAGUCAUGCACUGGGACCAAAGCUGGAUUUGAACUCGUGUGUUCCAUUGGCCCUGGAAAUGUCAGAACUUUUAAACAGAACAGUUUGUUUAGAAACUGAAGAUUGGGCUCCCUCUUGCUGGCAUCUGUCUCUGCCCCAAUAAGACAAAAUCUGUAGGUGUUAGAUUAAAAACUACUGUACAUGUGUGGAAGGUAGAAGCACUUUAGACAUAUUUUUAUCUAUACUUGUCCAUGUAAAGUGUCCAGCAGAGAGUGAAUGAACAAAUUUAUAACUAGACAGAGCCAGGUUGUCGUACAUUUUAACAAGUGCUGGAGUAGAGGAAUUCAUGCGAUUUUUUCAGUUGUUUGUUUCAUGUUUAGUAUUAAUUUGUUUGCUUAUGAUUUCAUCCAUUUAAUCUUGGAGAAAAUCUUCUAUUGUGAGAUUUCUAUUUUAGUUUAAGAGUUAUAAUAUGGCAUGUACAGGUGCAUGUAAAGCACAAAUUGUUUCCACAAAGUUUCGAUAUUGUUAAUGUCUGUGUUUUCGAUGCAUACAUCUGUGCCUCUAUGGCAGGUAUACGCAAGGCAAGCAUGUGGUGCUAUGUUUUACAAGAAUACAAGAAAAGUGCAGUAGUAAAAUGUAGCAAAAUAAUAUUCUUUCACAACUGUCAGCCAUGUUAACUUCAGAUGAAAUCAGAAGUAGACCGGCAUUUGCUGCUAUUCCUGUUCAACAAGAAACCAGCAUUUGUUGCUAUUCCUGUGCAGCAAGGGACCAGCAUUCGCUGCCAUGCCAUUCCUGUGCAACAAGGGACCAGCUUAUGCUGCUAUUCCUGUGCAGCAAGGGACCAGCAUACGCUGCCAUUCCUGUGCAACAAGGGACCAGCUUAUGCUGCUAUUCCUGUGCAGCAAGGGACCAGCAUGUGCUGCCAUUCCUGUGCAGCAAGGGACCAGCAUACGCUGCCAUUCCUGUGCAACAAGGGACCAGCCUAUGCUGCUAUUCCUGUGCAACAAGGGACCAGCAUGUGCUGCCAUUCCUGUGCAACAAGGGACCAGAUCCAUAAAUUUGUUUUUACCCAGAGUAACUUGUAUUAUGAUUAUCAUUGUGUUUAUGAUUUUGUUAUUGUUGAUGAUGUAAGCAGGCCAAAACUGACUAACCUGUAGAUACUUGCUUAUUUGAUGACAAACUUGGGACUAUCUUCUUUAUAAUAUAUUGAUUCAUUAGUGAAUUUGGUUAAUUCUUAUUAAUGCUUGUGAUAUAUUGCCUUGAUAUGCAGUCACCUACUAUCAUUCCUUCACUUGGGAGAGAACAGGCCUUUCUAGAGUUUGUAGAAGGCAGUUCUUUAGACAUAUAUUCCUGGAAAAAUCUUUUCUUGCUUUAAUACUAGAUGUCAUCAAAUCUGAUGUAUAUUUAGACAAAAGUGUGAGCAACCUUUGCCAGUGUAAAUUAGUUUAUUUGCUUAUUGAUGUAUGUAGUCUUGUGAAAUGGCUUUUUUGUUUCGCCAUUUGUAUUUUUACAAGUCACAUUCGCAUCAUACCCUCUGUGCUUGCUGCAUUCUACUACUCUGUGGCUAUAUAUGUAUGUGUAUUUAUCUAUCUAUCAAUAUUCCACUGUGGGGCCACGUCUCUGACAUGCUUGAUCAUGUGAACACAUUAAGAAAUUUGUACAUUUAUUUCUUUACCAGCUUUUCUUACACAUGAUUGGACCAGCCACUUCCAUGGGCUUUAUCUGCUGUUGAACAAUUUUUGGAAUAAAACUGAUAUUAUCCUU